AUGCAGCGUUCUUCCCAAAAUGAAAGAAUUAAAUCAGUGAAUCUGUUGGCUCAUAUUGCCCCAGAACGGAGACGUCUGAAAACUGCAAGUAAUAACCAGCCAUCACCAGCCCCUGUUAGUGAAGAAACAAGACCAAAAAUGGUACAGGACACCAAGAAGAUUGAGACUGGCAUUUUAGUUGAUCUAUGUAAUAGUGAAGUUGCGGGAGCCGAGGAGCUUUAUGACUCGCCAGUGCUGGGUUCACCUCGUGCAGCUAAUGCGCCUUUGAGAUCAUCUCCUGUGCACGUUCCCGAAGAUAUCGGAGUUGGUUCUUUAGUGGAGGUCGCCACUGACGUUGAUCAGCAUUAUUACGGAGUCGUUAGAUGGAUUGGAGUCAUUGACGACACGGCUACAGCAGGCGUGGAACUAGAGGAGAGUGUAUGCGGGCUGGGUGAUGGUAGCCGUGGAGGCACACGCCUUUUUUCAUGCGCCUCGGGGCGUGCACUGUUCGUGCCGCUACCGCUGUGCCGUCGAGACGCACGCUUCCGGGACACACCGCCACCCGACCGCGCUGAUUUGCACGACGGCGAACACUUUGAUCAGCCAGAAUGUCCCGUAGUCCCAGGAGUUGUAGCGCCACUGAGCUCGCUGGGUGAGCUGGCCGGUAAAAACCGCGGCAUUCAAGGACAUCACAAUUCUUGCUACCUCGACGCAACGCUCUUUGCUAUGUUCACAUUUACCAGCGUUUUUGACGCUCUAUUAUACCGUCCACCAGAACCAGAGGAUUCUCCACACUAUUCAGAAGUGCAGCGUGUUCUGCGGGAGGAAAUAGUGAAUCCAUUGCGUAGGCAUGGUUAUGUACGCGCUGACAGGGUCAUGAAGUUGCGUACGUUACUUGAGCGACUGUCCGAUGUGCCCGGACUCACGUCAGAGGAAAAGGACCCAGAAGAAUUUUUAAACGGUUUAGUAGCGCAACUUUUAAGAGCCGAGCCAUUUCUUAAAUUAUCUUCGGGACAAGAAGCUUACUGCUACCAAUUGUUCGUAGAGAAAGAUGAGCAUGUCUCUUUACCCAGUGUGCAACAACUUCUAGAACAAUCCUUCACCACAUCUGGUGUCAAACUUAGUGAGGUGCCUGCAGCGUUUAUCAUUCAAAUGCCACGAUUCGGAAAACAAUACAAAUUGUAUCAGAGAGUUUUGCCAUCUCCGCUACUUGAUGUUACAGAUCUAAUCGAAGGCUUGCCACGUCAGUGCACGGUGUGCGGGAGCUUGGCGCGCUGGGAGUGUAGCGAUUGCGGCGGCGCCACGCUAGAAGCGGGCGCACUCUGCAACAACUGCCUUCGGCUCGCGCACGCCACCAGGCCGCACCACAAGGCGGUUCCUCUGACAGUGUGUGAAGAGUUCGUGAACAUACUAGAGUCUUGUCCCGUGCCGCGCGUUUAUAUGGAGUUGUUCGCAGUGCUCUGCAUCGAAACCAGUCAUUACGUCGCUUUCGUCAAAGCGGGAGUCGGACAUGAUGCGCCGUGGUGCUUCUUUGAUUCUAUGGCUGAUAGAAAAGGCGAGCGCAACGGGUACAAUAUCCCGGAGAUCGUGUGCAUCCCGGGGCUGGGCGCGUGGCUGGGCGAGGAGGGGGGGCGCUGCGCGGGCGCUGCGCCGGCGCACGCCAAGCGCCUGCUCGCCGACGCCUACAUGUGCUUCUACCGCAGCCCCGACGUCGCCAUGUAUCGAUAG